GACUGAACAAACCUGUGUCAGGGUAUGUGUUCUACCUUUACGUCGUGUAUAUGUGUAGAUUAUGGAAGUAAUAUGUUAAGUAUUUGGACCGUAAAUCCGAAUUGUUCCAUAAUAGUGCGUGCACAUGUUUUGGUAUGAAUACACUAACCACGGAACAAACUCAUUAAGCGCAUGCAUUGCACAUGUUUACAACAUUAAAGUUCAGUGACAACUGCAGGUGAAAGGAUUAAUGUCUAAAUUCCAGCAGAGCUGAUGAACGGGGAGUAAAGAUGACACGGAGCGGUAGGACCGGUCGUCAGGCGGACAGGAAACGUCUUAAGUCGCGUGUGUCGCAUGCAGCUGAAACAAGGGACACGCAAGAAAAUGAAAAGGCGAGAUCUCAACAGCCAAGUAUAGGCAUUGAAAACCAUGACGUCACCGCUGACAUCGAAACAGACGCCGGAAGUCCAUUUAGUCAUUCGGAAACGUCAAUCUUCCCGCGAUGGUUGCCAUGGCUGAUCGUCAUGGUAACACUGUCCGUCCGUGUGCACCACGUGUUGCAACCGACCAACUGGUGGAUACUACAUCCGGACGAAGUCUUUCAGACGGUAGAAGUCGCCCACACCGAGGCGUUCCAGUUCGGUUUCCGGUCGUACGAGUACCUGCCUCCCCCACCUGAUAGUAUGGUAAAUGUGUCGAUAUCGCAAGCACGUGCACGAGAGGUUGCCACGGGAAUGUACAGCCUGCGCUCCUUUAUCUUACCAAAAUUGUUGUCUGCUGCCAUUCUGAUGGCGAGGAUGGCGGGAAUAAGUUACACCCCAUUUAUGGUUUGUAAACUUGUGCACGUUGUCAUUACCUCUUUCCUUCCCCUCGCCGUGUUUCGGUUCACCGUUGCCUUGGAGAAGUCAGUUGAUGCGGGCAACCUGGCCGCCAUUUUUGUCAGUUCGUCUCUGGUCCUGAACGUGCUGGGGACGCACACUUUCAUCAACAGCUUCACAGCAACAUUCGAUUUCAUAGCGCUUGGAACAUUUAUAAAUAUUUUGCAACGGGUUGAAAAACAGACAGACAUUAAAGUCGCUGCCAAGCGCAGGCUAAGUUUAUACAAUCAUCUUCCAGACACAAGCCAUGAUCAGUCUGGAGAGGACCUAAGUGACGUCAAUGGAAAUUUCCCAAAACGACAUAACAACAAUUUGAAACGCAAGACGGGAUAUUUUACAAAUAAGAUUGAUAAUUUUAAAAGGUGGAUUCAAUUGGGACGCGAGCUUUCUAGCGGGUUUAUUAUUGCAGUUUGUGUUUACAUCAGAAUUGACAGUACCGCCCUUAGUCUUGCAAUGGUUUUAGCCUUCAUAAAACGUCGGUCGAAAAUAAAAAAAUAUUUCAUGUGUGUAAGGGAUUAUCAGUGGUUUUUCGCCGGCGUUUUUGUUGGAUUAGUCCUUGGUGGAUUUUAUGAUUAUCUGUAUUAUGAUAGUUGGUUUAUUUCUCCGUGGCAGUGGGUAAAAUUUAACACUUUAAGCAAAAGUUCUGGUACUGUAUUCGGUGUCUCGCCAUUUUAUUAUUAUAUAGCAGAGCUCCUGAAAAAAGAACAAUUCUUCAUUAUAUUCGUGGUAGUAAUAGUGGUAGAGCUCAUUAUGAAAGCCAUUUAUAACCGGUACGAUGGAUACAAUGCCAUUACUUACUUCAGUGAAUCUCAUCUUGUGUUCAUGUUUUUGUUGAUAUUAUACUCGAGUAAUGGUCACAAAGAAUUGAGGUUUCUUCACAACUGUAUAGUUAUAAUGUACGUAUCGUUCGCAAGUGCAAUAAUGUUCUUUUACAAAAUGUUUACUCAGUCGGGUAAAAAUCAAAACAACACUCAGUAUUGUAAGUUAUGCAUAUAUACAUUUAUUGUCCUGUUUGUAUCUAGUCAAAGUUUGUGUUUUUUAAAUAUGUCUUCGAAUGAAAAAUCAAAAUGGAGUUAUGCCGGAAGAACAGACUCCUGGGCGGUGAAUACGGGCUUACAUUUCAUUGGUCGUCAGAAUGACGUAACUGGAAUUCUACUGGACAGGCCAUUGCAUCUUACAGCCGGGUACUCCAUCUUUAAUAAAGACGUACCAAUAUUUGCUUUGAACAAGUACGAAUUUAUGGAAUUUAAUAAAGAGAAAAUGGCAUAUUUAAAAACUUUUGAUGAAACCCAACACGGACUCGCUAAUUACCGAUUUCAUACAUUUGGACAGAUCAGAGACUUUGUAUCAGUGUAUAACACACCGUACCUAUACAAGCAAUUACUCAAAAAGGUUGAAUACAACUACCUUGUGUUAGAAGUGAACAGAGAAUUUGAGAACACUGGCGGCUAUGAGGAGGUGUUCCGUGUUGGGAAUACUAAAGUUAUGAGACGCACGUUUGAUAGGAAAAGUGAAGAGAAAAUGGCGGAAGUUGCCAACCGAAUUCCAGUGGGAACGAAUGCAACUAUUCUGGAAUACGAAGGGGACUGGUUAUCCCAUUUUGGUCUGUAUGACAAGGCUAUUGAGAGACUUAUUCACAGUAACGCCCUAGUGCCAAAACGUCUAGGGCCGUACCAGUUAUUGCUUGAUGUAUAUAGGAGAACUGGCGAGGCAUCGUACUACAACAAAGUUUUGGAUGCGUGUUCACAAUUCCAUCAACAAAAUACUUGUUUAAAACCUUACAACUCGAUUCAAUUGCAUUCAGAAUACUAUAGUUUUCUGGUGAAAUAAA